AUGCAAGACAAUCACGAAAGUAUCAUCUUUAUUUGGUUUGAUCCUCAAGACCAAUCGGGUCUUAAUCUUGUUGGACCACUUCGAGCAAUCAAUCAUCAUGUACAAGCUUUUAUUGAUUCAUUGACCUGUAUUAAUGCAAUUAAGUCUUCAAAAGAGAAAAUCUUUUUUAUCACAUCGUCCAGUGAUAGUGAACUGAUUGCAACAGUGCAUAAUCUUGCACCUGUUGAGGCCAUGUUCAUACUUGCUUCAAAUGUCGAAAGUAUUAAAGGUGAUUUUCCAAAACUCUGUGGCAUAUAUUCUCAACAAGAAGAAUUAUUUCGUGAAUUAAAAGAAAUAUUGGAUGUUUUUGAACAAAUACAACUUGAAUCAUUUGCAUUUGAACAUGAUAAAGUAUUUCUUUGGUCACAAUUAUGGAAAGAAGAAUUGACAAAUAGAAAAGUGUCAUCCAAAAAGAAUAUCUUUAUUGAAGCAACUCGACAAUAUUAUCGAGAUAAUGUCAUGAUACUUCGGACUAUAGACGAACUCGAUAAAUCUUACCGACCUACCGAAGUCAUGAAUUGGUGUUUUCGUUCUCCGUUUCCUUCACGUUUUCUUCAUCAUGCACUUCGCUCACACAACAAAGAACAACUUAAUGUUUGCCGUUUUCUAUUUGCCGAUGCUUCUCGUUUUCUUCAACAACAACGUCAACGCAAAUCUAGUGAUAAAUUCUAUCGAGGUAUGAAACUGUCAAGUGAACUUCUCGAUAAAUUUAAAGUUCAUGUUGGUCAACUUGUAUGUACAAGUGGAUUUUUUCCUUGUAUCAAAUCGAGAGCUAAUGCCUUGACACUUGCCACAUUACCAGUAUAUCGUACUGAUUUACAAUCAGUUUUAUUUAAAAUUGAUUGCGAUGCAUCCACUCCGUGCAUAGAAUUAGCUAAUAAAAAUUCUUCACCAUUCAUGGUAUUUGAUAUUUGUACGGCAUUUCAUAUUGUUUAUGUUAAUCGAGAUCAAAUGACGAUUAUCAAAAUGAAGACAGCUAGUGAAAUGGGAAGAAAAAAUGUUUCCGAUUAUAUAGAACAACAUAAAGAUGAAACAAUACAGUCACUUCUUGAUGAACUUAUGAAGUCAUCAAUGCGUCCAAAACCAGGUACUCUUCCUCCACUACGACCAAAAUCAAGACCUGUAUCAAGUCAAAAAAAAGAUUCGACUUUAACUGCUGAAGAAAUAAAAGCACAAAAAUGUGCCGAAAAAGGAGAAGUCGAUCGGGCUUUAGCUAUUUACCAUCGUAUUCAACCUGUUACUGCUCGUGUAUUGAACACAAUAGGUCAAUUAUGUGCUGAUAAAAAAGAAGAUUAUAAUUAUGCUUUGCAAUGUCAUACAAAAGCGCUCAAAAUGCAAGAAGAGGCUGGUGAAGAUAUUGGUGAUACUUUAACUAAUCUUGGAAAUGUAUAUCACAAUUGUCACAAAUAUGAUUUAGCCUUAAGUUGUCAUACACGUGCACUCGCAUUGCGUCAAGCCAAUCAAUCACCUGAUGAUGCUGCUACUGCAUCGAAUCUCAUAGGUAUUGCUAAUGCUCAUUGGGCUCAUCAGGAAUAUCCUGCAGCCAUCGAUAAUGUUCAACGAGCCUUGGCCUUACGAGAACAUAUUGUGCCUCCUAAUAAAAUAAGUGUAGCCGCAACUCUUGCGAUGUUGGGAAACAUCUAUCAAGAUUGUGGAAAUGUUGCUCUUGCUCUUGAUCUAUGUAAAAAAGCACUCGUUAUGUUUGAAAGUACGUAUUCACCAGAUCCAUCAGUAUUAGCUGAAUUACAUUAUAGCUUGGGUACAAUGCAUUUAAGUACAGGAUCUUUCGACGAUGCUUAUCUUAGUUUUGAAAAUGUGGCAAAAAUUUAUAGACAAAUUUUUCCACAAGGACAUCCAGAUCGUUUAGCAGCGGAAAAUGAUGUUCAACAAGUUAUUAUGUUACGUCACAAGAGCAAGAAAGACUCCUGA